GUGGGCCCCGGGCGGGGACGAACUGGACGCGGAGUCCCUGACGCUGCGUCUCCGGCCUUGAGGGUAGCGGCCUUUUUCUUGGACUAGAAUUCCUUCACUUCUGCGUUCUCGCCGCCCGGGACGAUGGUGCCCCGCCUACUGCUGCGCGCCUGGCCCCGGGGCCCUGCCAUUGGCCCUGGAGCCCCCUGUCGGUCCCUCAGUGCUGACAGUAGGCCUGGCCAGUACCUGCAGCACAGCAUCGUGCCCACCAUGCACUACCAGGACAGUCUGCCCAGGCUGCCUAUUCCCAAACUUGAAGACACCAUUAGGAGAUACCUCAAUGCACAGAAACCUCUCUUGAAUGAUGGCCAGUUCAGGAAGACAGAACAAUUUUGUAAGAGUUUUGAGAAUGGAAUUGGAAAAGAACUACACAAGCAGCUGGUGGCUCGGGACAAACAGAAUAAACACACAAGCUACAUUUCUGGUCCCUGGUUUGAUAUGUAUUUAACUGCUCGAGACUCAGUUGUUCUGAACUUUAAUCCAUUUAUGGCAUUCAAUCCUGAUCCAAAAUCUGAGUAUAAUGACCAGCUCACCCGGGCGACCAACAUGACUGUUUCUGCCAUCCGGUUUCUGAAGACACUCCGGGCUGGCCUUUUGGAGCCAGAAGUAUUCCACUUGAACCCUGCCAAAAGUGACACGAAUACCUUUAAGAGACUCAUACGCUUUGUGCCUUCCUCUCUGUCUUGGUAUGGAGCCUACUUGGUCAAUGCAUAUCCCUUGGAUAUGUCUCAGUAUUUUCGGCUUUUCAAUUCAACUCGUUUACCCAAACCCAGGCGGGAUGAACUCUUUACUGAUGACAAGGCCCAACACCUCCUGGUCCUAAGAAAAGGACAUUUCUAUGUCUUUGAUGUCCUGGAUCAAGAUGGGCACAUCGUAAGCCCCUCAGAAAUCCAGGCACAUCUGAAGUACAUUCUCGAAGACAAUAGCCCUGUGCCUGAGUUUCCUCUGACAUAUCUGACCAGUGAGAACCGAGAUGUCUGGGCAGAGCUCAGGCAGAAGCUGAUACAUGGGGGCAAUGAGGAGACCCUGAGGAAAGUGGACUCCGCUGCCUUCUGCCUCUGCUUAGAUGACUUCCCCAUUAAGGACCUUGUCCAUUUGUCCCACACCAUGCUACAUGGUGAUGGUACAAAUCGCUGGUUUGAUAAAUCCUUUAAUCUCAUUGUGGCCAAGGAUGGCACUGCCGCUGUCCACUUUGAGCAUGCUUGGGGUGACGGGGUUGCAGUACUCAGGUUUUUCAAUGAAGUGUUUAAAGAUAGCACUAACGCUCCUGCCAUCACUCCCCAGAGCCAGCCAGCCAAUACAGACUCUUCCAUCACUGUGCAAAAACUCAGCUUCAAAUUGAAUGAUGCCUUAAAGGCUGGAAUCACUGCUGCAAAGGAAAAGUUUGAUGCUACCACGAAAACCCUCACCAUUGACUGUAUGCAGUUUCAGAGAGGAGGCAAAGAAUUCUUGAAGAAGCAGAAGUUGAGCCCUGACGCAGUGGCACAGCUGGCCUUCCAGAUGGCCUUCCUGCGGCAGUAUGGGCAGACAGUGGCCACCUACGAGUCCUGCAGCACUGCAGCAUUCAAACAUGGCCGCACUGAGACCAUCCGCCCAGCCUCCAUCUUCACAAAGAGGUGCUCUGAGGCCUUCGUCAGGGAGCCCUCUAAGCACAGUGCUGGCGAGCUUCAGCAGCUGAUGGCCGAGUGCUCCAAGUACCAUGGCCAGCUGACCAAAGAAGCAGCAAUGGGCCAGGGCUUUGACAGACACUUGUUUGCUUUGCGGCACCUAGUGGCAGCCCAAGGAAUUGUCCUGCCGGAGCUCUACCUGGACCCUGCAUAUGAACGGAUAAACCACAACAUCCUGUCCACCAGCACGCUGAGCAGCCCAGCAGUGAACCUUGGUGGCUUUGCCCCUGUUGUCCCUGAUGGCUUUGGCAUUGGUUAUGCUGUUCAUGAUGACUGGAUAGGCUGCAAUGUCUCCUCCUACCCAGGACGCAAUGCCCGGGAGUUUCUUCACUGUGUUGAGAAAUCCUUAGAAGAUAUAUUUGAUGCCUUAGAAGGCAAAUCCAUCAAAGCUUAGCUUCCAGGUAGAUGGAAAGUCCUCCAUUACUUCCUCAUGAAAAUGGAGGGCCGUGUAGCCAAUAAGUGCUAUCCUGUGCCUAAUGAAACUAGUCAUGGGCCCAAGCAGCCAGUGCUGCAAGCUUGAGCUCAAAGAUCAUUUUUUUAAAGCUAAAUGUGUUAUUUCUGAAUGGGAAAUAACAGUUUCAAGACCCUCUGAUCAAGAUAUUGGGUUUAAAGAACUAACUCAGGUCUAUUUAUUGUUUAAACAGAAAUAAAAUGUAAUUGUGUAAUUGUUGCUUAAA